CCUUAGAGACGUCUGGUCCCUAGAUGGCGGGCCAGUGGGAGACGGGCUUCCUCCUAUUUACUUUCCUUGACCGACAUCAUAACACAACAGUGGACAAUGGCUCCGAAUCGAUUGUCAUUCGAGCAGCGCAAAUUGAUUUUGAAGUGGUACUGGAAAUCUGAGAAUGUGUGUGACGUGCAACGACAAUGGAGACGUGAAUUUACAACUGAGCCCCCAACACGACUAACUAUUGCUAGAAUUCGUGACAAAUUUGAGGCUGAAGGUACUGUGCAAAACAUGCACAAGAAUCGUUCUGGGAGGCGUCGCUCAUCAACGGGUGAGGAAAAUGCAGCUUUAGUGUUGCAAGCAUUCACACAAUCACCACAAAAAUCUGUAAGGCACACCGCUCGUGAAACAGGAACCAGCAGGGCAAGUGUGUACAGGAUUCUGAAAACUGCCCCAAAGUGGAAAUCGUUCCUGCCUCAGCUUUUACAUUCCUUAAGUGAAGACGACUCUAGACGCAGGGUAGAAUUUUGUGAGUGGAUUCAAGGAAAGGUGAAUGAGGAUAAACAGUUCGUUGACAAGAUUGUCUGGUCUAAUGAAGCCACUUUCAAGCUCAAUGGUACUGUAAAUCGCUACAACUGUGUGUACAGGUCCCUUGAAAAUCCAAAAAGUCAGGUAGACAAGGAAGAUAAUGUGCCAGGAUUGACAGUGUGGUGUGGUGUGUCGUCUAAGGGUAUUGUGGGACCGUUUUUCUUUGAAGGGACAGCUACUGAUGCUGGGUACUUUAACAUGCUGCAGUCAUCCAUUGUACCUACCAUACACCAGCUGUAUGGAGACAAGAAAGUUUACUACCAGCAAGAUGGGGCUCCCCCACAUUUCCACAGUGAUAUCAGGGAUUGCCUCGAUACUAAUUUUCCAGGCCGGUGGAUAGGGCGAACAGGUAAUGUUGAUUACCCUCCACUUUCACCUGAUUUAACUCCAUUGGACUUUUACUUGUGGGGUAACCUUAAGAAUACAGUGUAUGCUAAAAAGCCUUCUACACUCCAAGAACUGAGGCAUGAAAUUGAGUGGUCCUGUACAGCGAUCCCAGCACUUAUCUGUCCAAAAGUCUGUCGCUCUGUUUUUCGCCGCUGCCAGCAGUGUCUAGAUGCUAAAGGUGGACAAUUUGAACAUGCUGUAUAUGAUAGUGAACAAUGUGACAAACCAUUGUUUCACUGAAUUAUUAAUUAACAGAUGUUUUCUUCAUUAAUCAGAACAGUACAGUACCCUAGUGUUCAUCCUUAGGGUGUCAUGAUACUCAAAAUUAUUCUGAAGACUACAAUGGAAAUAAGUCUUUUGACUUUGUGUUUUCUUUGGAAUUCUAUUACUGUACUUGUAUUGUAUACAGUUUAUACUGUAUGACAAGUGUUUACUUGUUAAUAUAUUGUAGUUCUUGCCCAUAUCAUAGUUGGUAAAAGUGUAGAAGGGUGACCACCAGAAGGAAUUGUCCGAAUUGAUUGAAAUUUUUCUACACACUAAUAUCAUGAUACUAAACACAAAAAUGAAAACAACAAUACGUA